AUGAGAUUUAAUAAUGAUCUAGGGGCCGAUAAAUGUUAUAAGCUUAUAAGUCGUGGUGGAGCUACAAUUGAAAAUGGUAUUGCGACGGUGGAAAACAAAACACAUGGUGUUCAUUCUAUAUUGAAUAUAAAUAUGAAAAAAUUAUGUCAUUGGAAUAUUCUUGGAUACCUUGGAUCAUCAUCCUCUGUAUGCAAGCCUGAUCUUCUCAAAAAAUCAGAGCGUCCAACAGGAUUAGAACUCGAUUAUUAUUAUUAUCCAGAAUUACCACACGAAGAAUAUAUUGUUAUAUAA